ACGUGUCAGGAAACAUGGCAGCAACUAUGAUGGAGCACAUCAACAACAGCAAUGGUCUUUCUCGUCUAAAACAUACAGACAGCAGUACAUCUGAAUCUCCCUCGGAGGAGGGAAACCUCACAGACGAUGUGGUUGCACUUGUACAGAAAGAGAUAGGUCCUGAUCUUAAGUCGUUAAAGAAGGUUGCAGGGCUUUUGGAGAAACUGACAUUAGAGAAUAAGCAACUGGAGGAGCAGGUCCUGACUGUGUCCUCUUCGGUGCCAUUGCGUGUGUCUUCUGCCCUGUCCGCAGCAGAGGAGUCUCGGGUGAAGCUGGAGUCUUUACUGGAGAAGGAGAGGCUUCUGUCCAACACUCUACAGCAGCAUCUGCAGGGCGCACAGGUCUGGGCAGACAGCAUUGGACAGGUCCUAGGUCAGCUUGACACUUUAGAGAGGCAUAUGAAGUACCUGCAAUGCCUGGUCCGUAUCGAGGAACUCAGUGACAGCAUUCAGCAGUUCCUGAUGACCAACAGCAUGUGGGAUGCAGUUGGAGCCAUAGAUAGUAUGGCCUCUCUGGACAUGGGUUUGCGGGAGUCAGGCUGUAGCCACCUACAGGGUUUCCUCAGAGAAACACUAUGCUUUUGGCACAAGAUUCUUAAAGACAAACUGACCAGUGAUUUUGAGGAAGUCCUGACGCAGUUCCACUGGCCGUUCAUCUCGCCCCCAACGCAAUUGCUCUCUCCGCCAGCCAAUGCUCAGGAGCUCAACAGCCAGCUGGAGCUGCUGGUCUCUCAGCUUCUUUCUCUCCAGACCUCUGAUGACCUUAUAUCAGAGAAGAAGGAAACACCAUCUCGUCCUGGACUGUCUCAAACUCCUCUCUCACUGCCCAUUCAGAUCAUGCUGCUUCCCCUUAGUAAGAGGUUCAGGUAUCACUUCACCGGAAACCGUCAGACCAACAAUUUAAGCAAGCCAGAGUGGUAUCUGACCCAGGUCCUCAUAUGGAUGGGUAACAGCUCCAACUUUAUGGAUGAAAAGAUUCAACCGAUUUUGGAUCGUGCUGGAGCCAAGGUUAAUGCAAGGGUGGAGUUGUGUAGAGGGCUUCUUACUCUGGCGCAGGAAAAGCUCGUGAAUGAUGCUCCUCGAUUGCUCUACGAUGAUACUCUCUUCUGCCAUCUAGUAGACGAGGUGCUACAGUUUGAAAAAGAGCUCCGCACCACCCACAGUUACCCACGCUCUUACCCUGGCGUCCUGCAGAUACUCUUGGAGGAGACUGUGCUUCAGAAGUGGCUCAGUGUGGAGAGAAAGAUGGCUGUGGAAAAAGUGGAUGCUAUGCUGUCUGCAGAGGGUGCGUGGAGCUCUCAGUACAAAGACAUCACUGACAUGGACGAGCUUAAAGCGCCAGACUGCGCAGAAACUUUUAUGACGCUUCUGCUAGUUAUCACAGAACGGUACCGUUCUCUGCCAUGUCCACGGGCCCAGCUCAGUUUCCUUGCUCUGCAAAAAGAAUUGGUGGAUGAUUUCCGUAUCCGCCUCACACAGGUGAUGAAAGAAGAGUCCAGACAUCCGUUGAGCCCCCGUUACUGUGCCAUCCUCAACGCUGCCAACUACAUCUCCACUGUUCUCAGUGACUGGGGCGAUAAUGUUUUUUUCUUGCAGUUGCAGCAGGCAGCAGUGGCAGUAGGUGAGGAGAUUCUAGGUCCUCUGGGGGCCACAGAGACUGGGAGACUGGCCUCUUUAGAAGGAUCUUUGUUUGAGGCCCUAUUGGCCCUGCUGGAGAGGUUGCGAGGGGACAUGCUGGGACGAUUGCUGGAUGCAGUCAUGAGAGACGUUAAGGAAAAAGCACAGCCAUAUUGCAAGGACAGGUGGAUCUCCCUGCCAUCACAGUGUGAUCAAGCCACCAUGUCUUUAUCCAGCUCUGCUUGUGCUAUGAUGCUCUGCCUGCGGGAUCACCUGCUCCAGCUGCAGCAGCUGUUGUGUCUUCCUCUUUUUCAGAUGUUUUGGCAGGGUCUGGCCGAGAGACUCGACUGCUUCAUCUAUGAAGACUUGAUUUUGUAUAACCAUUUCAAUGAGGGCGGAGCUGCACAACUUCAAUUUGAUAUGACCAGAAACCUCUUCCCUCUGUUUGGACAUUACUGCAAGAGACCUGAAAACUUUUUCAAACAUAUAAAGGAGGCCUGCAUCAUCCUGACUCUUAAAGUUGGCCCAGCGCUGUUACUGUGUGACGUGUUAAAGCAGGAUGAGGAUGAAGCUCUGAACCAUCAGCAACCCAGUCCUGAGUCAGCGCUCAACGAGCUGGGAGUCUACAAGCUGGCCCCUAGUGAUGUGCUGAUCCUUCUUAACCUCCGCUCAGCAUGGCUUAACCAAUAAUCGGCACAGUCCCACAUUCCCCAGCUCCCAAUGAAGCACAAAGGAUGCUUUAUCAGACACUACAAGACCUCCUAUGCUCAAGAUAUUAACUAAAAUAAUAUCCUAAACCGGCUGAUUUACAGUAUUUAAGGUGAACAGAAUAGUCCGAAGAGUGAGUAUGCUGGUAUCUGUUGAAAUUGCUGUUUUAAGUUAUCUGGAUCGGUAUAUUCAGCAGGA